AUGAGACAGCUACUGGCCAGGGGAGGAUUUGAGAUACGGCAGUGGGCUAGUAAUGUGCCAGAGGUGGUGUCCCACCUGCCUACUGCGGCCCGUUCUGACAGCUGUGAGCUCUGGCUGACCUUUAACCAAGCUGAUCCACAAGAGUCGAUGCUUGGGUUACGUUGGCAUUGCCCCACCGAUACCUUGGGGUACAAGCAUCGCCCAGUCUCCUACGCAACACCAACUCUUCGCAAUGUGUACAAGGUGCUUGCCAGCCAGUAUGACCCUCUAGGGUUUAUCAUUCCCUAUACCACUAGAGGGAAGAUUCUUGUACAAUCGAUGUGGCAGAAGGAGAUGGGCUGGGAUGAACCUAUCACUGGUGUCCUUCGUGCCACCUGGGCAGAAUGGGAAAAGGAGCUGCCGUACCUGCAGAACAUUACCUUACCGAGGUGUUAUGUGCCACCUGCUACAGACUCUCCGAGUUGCACGUUUGAGCUGCACGUGUUCUGUGAUGCCUCCGAGAAAGCGUAUGGAUCGGUAGCUUAUCUGAGGACCACAGAUUGCCACGGACAUGCCAGCACUUCAUUCCUGUUGGCCAGAUCCCGAGUCGCUCCUCAGAAGGGAUUGUCCAUGCCUCGGCUCGAGCUCAGUGCUGCUCUCACUGGCGCGCAGCUUGCCAAGACUCUCCAAACUGAACUUACCAUACCCCUGCAGAAUACCAUCUUGUGGACUGACUCUACUACCGUGCUGAGUUGGUUGCAGUCAGAUUCCUGCCGGUACAACGUCUUUGUCGGGACUCGAAUUGCUGAAAUCCAGGAGCUCACCAGUUCUCAUCAGUGGAGGUAUGUCACGUCAGCAGAAAACCCGGCUGAUGACAUCACCAGGGGGAAGGAACUCUGUAGUCUUUCGGCAGACAGCCGUUGGGCUCAGGGCCCCGAGUUCUUGCAACAAAGUUCGGCACACUGGCCCUCCCAACCUACUGGUAGGGCUGAGACUACAGAUGAGCUGCGCAAGGGGAUGUUAUGUGGGCUGGUCACAGUGGCCCAGACUCCUACUCCAGACCCUGGAAACUUCACAUCUUGGGAGGAGCUUGUGGAAGCUACUUACUAUGCGCGCCACGGGGCGGCUUCUCCUCCAAUGACCGCCAUUGAUCGUGUGGAGGCCGAGAUAGCCAUUUUGAAGUCAGCUCAGUGUGACAGUUUUCCGGAGGAGGUGGUAGCUCUGAUGAAGGGACGGACUCUGGCCCUGAAUAGUCGACUUUGUUCGCUCUGCCCUGAGUAUGAUCAGGUUACUGGCCUGAUAAGGGUUGGAGGACGCCUGAGACGUGCCGAAGGUCUGGACUCAGACACCAUACACCCUAUUGUGCUACCUCCCGAACACCCGGUAACUAAGCUCCUUGUCCAACACUUUGACACGAUUCUGUUGCACCCUGGUCCAGAGCGCGUCUUUGCAGAGAUACGGCGCGCUUAUUGGAUCAUUAGAGGGCGACAAGUAAUCCGGAGACAUCAAAGACAAUGUGCAGAGUGCCAGAAAUGGCGGGGGAGGCCUGCUUCCACCAAAAUGGCUGAUUUGCCGGCAGCGAGACUCCGGAUCCACAAACCUGCUUUCUGGUCAACGGGAGUUGAUUGCUUCGGUCCCUACACCAUCAAGAUAGGCCGGAGGCAUGAGAAGCGCUGGGGCAUAAUCUUUAAGUGCCUAACCACCCGAUGUGUACACCUGGAUUUGCUGCCAAGCCUGGACUCAGACGCUUUCCUCAUGGCUGUGCGAAGAUUUGUCUCUCGACGGGGUACCCCAUUCGAGAUAUGGUCAGAUCAGGGCACUAAUUUCCGAGGGGGUGCUCGAGAGUUACAGGAAGCUUUCUCUAUGAUGACGCCCAUUCUUCAGGCACAGCUAGCAAAGCAGAGGAUAACCUUUCAUUGUAAUCCACCGCAUGCCCCCCACUUUGGGGGAGCAUGGGAACGGGAGAUAAGGUCGGUUAAGGGGGCACUCCAGGUCAUCCUGAAGAAUCAGAUUGUGACGGAAGAAGUCCUCUGCACGGCUCUCCUUGAAGUAGAAGGGAUCCUUAAUGCGAAACCUCUUGGUUACGCAUCCUCGGAUAUUGCUGAUCCUGACCCCAUUACACCAAAUCUCCUGCUUAUGGGGCGGCGGGACGCUUCACUGCCGCAGGUGAUUUACGGACCAGGGCAUUUUAUCACCAGUCGAAGAUGGAAACAAAGCCAGAAACCACACCAUAUCACCCCUCCACAUCCUCCUACUGUAUGCCAUACCUUCCUGUACCAUCCAUCUGACCGCCAAUAAACUCCACCUGUGGUAAUCUAA